AUGUAUGAGCUUCCGGGGCUUCUGGGUCGUUUGCGAUUCUGGGCUUUCUACCAGACGCCCUUCCUCGAAUCAGCAGCCCCUGAAAGUGGGGGGGAGGGUCCCCUGGCGGGGUGGAGAUGGAGUGGAGUGGAGGUGGAGUGGAGUGGAGCGGCAGCUGUUGGUGGUUUGUCUAGGACGGACCUAGACCUAGACGUUGUCCAAGUGUCAAGUCAAGUGUCCGCGUUGGAGGAGGGGUGGCGUGGCGGAGUUCGUGAUGGUGGUGAUGGUGAUGACGAUGAUGAUGAUGCUGAAUGUUGGGGUGUUGAGUUGUUUGUUGGUGGGUAUGGGCGUGGCGGAGAAGGGUCAACUGGUGGGUAG